AGAAAACACAAAAAAGAAGUACAAAAACGAUGAAAGUUUUUUAAUCGACAACCACCACCAAAAGCGAAAAUUUGACAGUCGAAUUUUCUUAUAAAAUAGAAUAAAUUUAAAUCUUAAAUUAAAUCAAAAAAUAUCUUUAAUUCAAACCCUAAACCGACAAAAAUGUCCCUAAUCGAUAAAUUACAAGAACCCGAUGACAACAUUCCACUGGCUGAUGAUGAUCCACAGGUUAUCAUCAAUGAUGACGAUGUGCCACACAUUCCCAACGGGCGUUCAAUGGAUUCCCUUCGUUCGUCCUACACAAAUCGUAGUUCAACUCCGGACUCAUCGAAUUCCCUUGAACCUGAUGUAAGUCCAGAUGAAAAAGAAGAAAAAGCCCGUCUCAUUACACAAGUUCUGGAAUUGCAAAACACCCUAGACGAUCUCUCACAACGAGUCGAUUCAGUCAAAGAGGAGAACUUGAAACUUCGUUCGGAAAAUCAAGUUCUGGGUCAAUAUAUUGAAAAUUUGAUGUCAGCUUCGUCUGUAUUCCAAUCGACAUCACCAAGUGCUAAAAAGAAGUAAAAUGUGGAUUUUAAAAAUCCUUUUGGGCUUCAUGUGGCUUUUAGCAUUUGUAUAUCUCGAAUUUUUAUCAUAGAAAUCCAUUUAUUAUUAAUUUUAAGUACCUACAGCACUUUAUUUUUAAGAUAUUUUCUUUAUUCUUUUUUUUACACAUUUUUCAUUUCACUUUAGCUAAUCCAAUUUUCAUAGCUUUUCUAUGAAUACUUAAAUACGAACAUAUAUAUAUAUAUUAUACAUAAAUGUUAUUUACAAUUUAUUAUUAUUUAUCGUUUUAUUAAAUUCCUAUAAAAAUAUAAAUAGGACUGAUAUUUGUGUACCGCCUUAAUGUCAGUUUAAAAAAUGCCUCUUAUAUAAAAUUAGAUUCAUGGAUUUAUUGCAUUUUGUCUGCGUUUAUAAAAUAAAUAAAGUGUACAUAUU